AUGGGAAACGAGAAAGCAAAUAACUACUGGGAAGCAGAAUUACCUCCAAAUUAUGAUAGAGUUGGAAUUGAGAAUUUCAUUCGUGCAAAGUAUGAUGAAAAGAGAUGGGUUCCAAGAGAUGGGGAUUCAAAAACAUCUUCUGGAUUGCGGGAAGAGAGAAGUCCUUCACAUUGGCAGAGGCCCGUGGAGAGAAGUGGUCAUACUGCUGUUUCUGAAAAUACUUUUGAGGAAAGGAAGAAAUUCCAAUCGCCAAAUGCAAUUCCUGCAACAAGAAAUAGUGUUCCUGCUCCUGCUCCUCCCAAAGCACCUGAGCAAGUAACUCCUAUUACCAAACCUCAGCACGUUGAGAAAGUGGAACCAGUAGCACCUCGGCCACAAGCUGAAACUUUAAAGCUGGCUAAGGAUGCAGUUCAAAAUACCCCUCCAAAAGUUGACUAUGCUACAGACCUUUUCAACAUGUUGUCUAUGGAUGUCCCCAAAGAAAAUGGCUCUGAGUCAGCCAGUACAACUACUGAUGAUAAUCUCUGGGCAGGUUUCCAGUCUGCUGCAGAGGUGUCAACAGCUGAGAAGACUAGUCCGCCAAAAGAAGCUGAUAGUAGUCUGCCAUCUGCAACGGGUAUUGAGGAUCUUUUCAAAGACUCACCUUCUAUGAUGCCAAGCUUAGCUCCAGAAAAGCCACAGAAAGAUGUUAAAAAUGAUAUAAUGAGCCUCUUUGAGAAGCAGCUUGCCAUGCUUGCACAGCAACAAUCUCUUCUAAUGGCUGCUGCAGCUAAAUCUUCUGGUGGGGAUCCCAGGUAUCCUGCUGGCAUACAACAACCUAUACCCAAUGGUCCUAUGCAAAGUUGGCCAGCUACUGGCUACCCGAUUUCUGGAGUUAUGCCCGUGCAGGGUCAGACUAGGAGCAUGACCCCAGCACAUUUUGCUGGGAGCUCUGGACAAUAUCCACCACCAUCCAGUUUCUAUGGUAUGGGGCAAGUUCCACCUCCAGUUAACGGAAUGAUGACGACCGUGGGCGCGAGUAAACCUCAGGCAGGAGCUCCAGUGUCAUCUAGCACUACACAGUCAGCGAAGGAUUAUGAUUUUUCCUCCUUGACACAUGGGAUGUUUGCAAAACACUGA